UAUUUAUUUCUCCUUAAUCCAGCCAGGGUAUGCAUACACGCAGCAGCACAGGGCCGUUUUAUACUUGAAAUUUUUUUGUACAAAUUUUGUACAAAUGUACAAAUUGUCCGAAAUUCUGGAACUUGUACAGAGGCGUUUGUCCAAAUAUAGUCCAAAAAUUGGGAACGAACCUGGGCGCCAAAAUUUGUACUCAGUAGCUUCCAAAUUUUGGACAAAUUGUCCAAAUAAAUUGGAGCAUCACAACAAACCCAGCAGCUAAAGGACCUACAGGACCAACUACAAGGAAGAAGCAGCAGCGGAGGGUACUUGGAUAGCGGUAGGGCCAUGGCGGAACGCAGGAAACGCGGCGCGCCUCUUGUGCUGGCCCACCGAGCCAACGAUUCAGGCGUGCAUCCGGUCGCCAAGAGCUGGUGCGGCAGAUGAAAGCAGCUGCUGCUGUGGUGGUGCUGGUACUGAGUGCGGCGGCAGUGGUCACCUCUGUAGCUGUGCACGCUAGCGCUAAAAAGACGCGUGCGGCUAUCCACGAGCCACGGCGCCUGGUUUGGGAGGAUCACGCUGCUGACCUCAACAAGCGGAAGCUCUUCCGUAGGAUGUAUCGCAUGGAGGAACCGGUGUUCAACAAACUGGCUGGGUUGCUGGAACCGAUCCUCCAACGGAACGACUACUACGCAAGAAAACGGUAUCAAGGCGGUGCUGUUCCCACGAAGAUCCGACUAGCUAUCGGCUUGCGGAUGAUGGCCGGUGCUUCGUAUCUCGAUGUCGCCGUGCUAUUCGGCGUGUCCAAGGAGACGGUCUUCAGCAUCUUGUGGCAGGUGGUGGAUGCCAUCAACAGCACAGCAGAGGUUGGGCCGUUCUUUUUUCCGCAGAGCGAGGAUGAGUGCACCCGGCAGGCGGCAGAAUGGGAGGAAAAAAGCACGGGCGGCGCCUUUCAAGGUGUGGUAGCUGCGGGGGAUGGCCUCUUCGUGAAGACUCUUGCUCCAACUGCCCUCAACACUCCGAACGUUCUCUCGUAUUAUUCUGGGAGCAAGUGCGGCUACGGGAUGAACGUACAGGCGACAUGCGAUGCCAACUACCGGUUUUGCAGCAUGUCUUGCAUUGCACCCGGCUCGACCAAUGACUGGACGGCAUGGAACCAUUCGGAUCUAUCCACAGCGGUGAAAAACCUGCCGCCAGGGUUCUACAUGCUCGGAGACGCGGCUUACCCCCUAAGCGACCACCUGUUGACUCCGUACCCAGGGAGGGGACUGCCGCUGGACAAAGACGCGUUCAACUUCUAUCUGAGUCAACUCAGAGUCAGGAUCGAGCAAGCGUUCGGCAUUCUCGUCGGCCAGUGGGGCAUCCUGUGGAAGCCGUUGCGUGUUCAGUUCGCUGGGCGAUGCGACUUCAUCACGGCGCUCUUCCGCCUCCACAACUAUCUCCGGGACGAGAAGGUCACACCAAUCCACCGGUCGGAAGAAGACGCCGAGGUGGUCCAGGUACGCCCCCACCUACUCGGCGACAAGACUCUGCCAGGAACUUUCAGCACGACCACCAAGACCACCAAGGACGCGCAGAAACCGACCAGGUCAGGCGAAGUCUCCACGCGCAAGGGGAUCACGAUGAUGCUGGACAACAAGCGCCAGUACCGCCCAAAGCAUGACUUGGUGCGCAACGCAGCGAGGAAGACGUAAGGGGUCGAACGCGGGCGGGCUGCGGUGGAGGGUGGGUGGGUCCCGAGGACGUACUACGUGGGUGAUGGACGAGACGAGGCAAAUGUGGCGGUGGUGGCCUCUGAGGAGCGUGGGCCGUGGCCGGGGCGGGGGAUGUGGACAAUGGUGGUCGGGAAUGCAACGCCUUUGGUGGGGUAGGGCGUGGGGGGGGUGAAAGGGAAGGGAAGGCGCACGGGCGGGUGAGAAAGUUUUUUUUUGUUUGGGCGGAGAGGGUCGGGCGCGAAAUCCACAUGCGCCUCUGCGAGGACGUUUCGGGCAAUUUUGCGGAAGUCGUGUUUUAUGUGUUACAAACACCAUAAACCGGGGUAAUCUACGAGUGGUAUCCGGUAAGAUUUCGUGUUGUUUCGAUACGUAUUGUCGCUGUUCAUUACGUCGUUUGUUUGGGUGUCAUUCCUGCGUUGUGCAUCUCUUGCGCGAGAAAAUUCGAAUUGCAGAGACGUCGAAGAAAAAUGUAGGUUUCCAAACGCAUUUAUUUUAUAACAUUUGGCGUGUAGGGUAAGGGUGAGCACCCUCCCCCCUGUGUGGGGGAAUUUUGUCAUGUCAUAGUUGCGUGAUGCGAGAUGGUAACAGAUAUGUUUUUUUUUUCUGACUUCACGAUGUUGCCUCUAGGGAGACAGUGUUGGCUGAACAGCAUCAUGGCGUAGACGGUCAGCUCCCACAGCCCGGGAUAACGGUAUCGGGAAUGGAUCCGCGUUCAAAACGUUUUUUACGUUGUUUUGGACUAAGUUCGCGGCGUGAGGAGACGUUGUUUCCGAAGCAUCUACGAAUGCAGAUGGUGGUUGGUGAAAAGCAUACCGACCAAAAACAAACAAGCGGUACUGCUGUACGUGUCUAAAAAAAAACGAACUUAGGUCGUGCGCCACACGUUCGCUCUGCGUGUCCCGCCCCCCUGGUCAUCUGUAAAAAAACACCACAAAAAAAAGGCAAGUGUACUGCUGUACGUGGCUAAAAAAAACAUCGAACUUCGAGCGUGCGCUGCGCGUUCUCCAUGCGUGUGCAACACGUGGCGCACUCGUCAAACACCCACCCGACAAAAGGCAAACGGUACGGCAAGUGAAAGUGAUCUGCCCUCUCCCUCCCCCGCCCACACACGAACGAUCUUACACCAACCGCCACUAAAACACAAUCGAUCGCUCUUGCACAUGUGGAAUCGGGGAGGGACCGCGGGCUGUCCCUCAAAGGGGACUCUUGUCCCAUUCAGCCAUCUCGGUUCUAAUCUUCGCAAUAUUUUUUUCCAGAAACCGACCAUUUCUAGCGCCGCGCUGUGGCCGCCUGCCGCCUCUGCUUUGGCUUGUUUGAGAUUUUUCGUGGCGGCUUGGAAAGAUUCGAACAAUGUGUCGAAAAACCUCAAUUUUGCGGUCUUUUCAUCUACGAUGUUCUGCGGGGAAGGUGCUGCGGCGGGGGCGGGUUCGGACGCUGGCCGAAAUAGCUCGCUUAAUCCGCCGGGGGGCAGUCCAAGUCCAGACGCCACUGAGUGCAUGGCAACCGCGGCCGUCUCUUGCACGCUGACGGCGUUCUUAGCCUGCUUUUUCUUGGCCUUGAGGUGGGCGUUGUCCUCCCUCGCUCUGCGUUUGGAUUCCUCUCUCCUCUUCGCGUCAGCAGCGGCUCCCUUGGCGCCUGUAGGGCCGGCGGCCGCCCCCCCCACGCCGCUGCUCUCCCGUUGCACGUCUUCGGGCAGGAGCCGGUCACACACGGCGAGGAUCUGCGGGUACUCGGCCAUGAGCUGUCCAAAGUAGUAGGUGUCAAGGUUUUCUGAUAUUUUGACGUUCAGGGUGUUUCGAACAGGGC